GUUCUGGUGGCCUGCAUGGCGCUGGACUGUCAAGACGAGCAGAACAGCCUGUCGCGUUGCCCCUCGAUUUCCCAAGAGAAGCUUCUAGACCGGUCAUCCAUCACGCCGAGCUCAUCUAUAGAGUCUCAGAAGAGUCGUGCUCCUUGUUUGAGGAGAUGUUCAUCCCAUUCCCCCUGCGCCUCCAGACGAACCAGGCUGGAUGUGUGCAUCACCAAAGCCUUACCCAUCCCCAGCUCCAGGAGCGAGAUCCAACAGAUAUCUGACAAAUGGCUCCUCCACUCUGUGCUGAUGCUGGUCCAAUCCUGGAUUGAGCCACUGGUGUACCUGCAGACCACUCUAGAUCGCUACGACAACGCCCCCGAGAUGCUGCUCAAUAAGACGAAGUGGGUGUCUGAGAAACUUAUCAGCCUGGAGCAAGGGGUGGUGGUUCUCAUUAGGAAGAUGUUGGACGAAGGAUCUCUGGCCACGACUUACAACGAACAAGGCCUGUUCCAGUACGACGCGCAGCCAGAGAUGCUGGAAUCUGUGAUUAGAGACUACACCUUACUCAGCUGCUUCACCAAGGACGCCCAUAAAAUGGAGUCUUUCCUCAAGCUCCUCAAAUGUCGUCAAACCGACAAAUACAACUGCGCAUGAAACAUGGAGCGCAGCACUUGAAUAAUACAGUGUUUUUUAGCUUUAAAUGAAUUCCUAAGGUUGGUAGCAUGCACUUAAAGAUAUGACCAUGCCUUGGGCGAUUCAGCCUUGCUUGUAAUGCAGUGCAUUCCUUAUUGAUUGUUUUUGGAGCACCUUCACACAAAACUAAGUAGGUGUAAUGCUGUGCCCUUUCUUCAACACC